AUGACGAGUAUUUUCCUGUUCUGCACCUCCAACGUGCCAGCAAACACGAUCAACCAAUUCAUGACAGAAUUCGCCGACGCCAGCGAAGACCCAAACAUCUUCUGUCUAGUCCGCACUCCCGACCAGGACCAGUUCGAUGAAUGGGGCACCGAACCACCCGUGCAAGACUUCACGACUGGCUUUGAAAACGCCUCUGAUUCUGCUCUCCGCCUCUACACACAGAAUCGAAUCGAUGAACUCAAGGAUGCAGGCAAGGCCGGUGGGCUAACACCCGGAUGGUUGGCUAAGCUUGAUGAGCGAUCCCGGCGCGACUCGACCGUGGUUCUGCAAUACCGCAAGAUCAAAGCCAACUGGGCACAGGCGUUGGAAGAUGCUGAAGAGCAGUUCCAAAUCCCCGGUCAGGCGGAUGUUGAUGAUCAGAAUAUCUGGUGGAAGUGGCGUGUGCCAUUUGCGGAUGCUUUCCAGCUGUUUAACAGCGUCGAUGGGGGUGUCCCGGAUAUGAUUCGACUGUUUACCCGGCCAGAGUUUAUGGACUCGGAGGGUGUGCUUCAUGUGGAUGUCCCACGUCAGAUCAUCAAGGGGGAGAUUCCGGAUCCCGUUACAGAGAGUGCAAGCUGA